AUGGAAUAUAUGAACAAAAUGUUGGUGAAAAUGCAAAGAGACCCUAAUUUCAACUAUCAUGCCAAAUGUGAAAAGCUGAAAAUCAUAAACCUCACUUUUGCAGACGAUGUACUGCUAUUCUGCAGAGGCGACGACAUAUCAUUGCAGAUGAUUCUUCGAACUUUCAGGGAUUUCUCCAAUUCCACGGGGUUGAUUUUGAACCCUAACAAAUGCAGGAUUUAUUUUGGAGGGCUGGACAAUGAGAAAAGAAGGAUGAUGAAGGAGCUGUCGGGUUUCCAAGAAGGAACACUUCCUUUCAAAUACCUAGGAAUACCUCUCUCUGGCAGGAAAUUAAACAUCAACUAUUUUAUGACCAUGGUGGAUAGAAUUGUGGCUAGAAUUCACCAUUGGUCAUCUCAACUUCUAAGUUAUGCCGGAAGAAUUCAAUUGGUGAAAAGUAUAGCUGCUGCAAUGGUUCAGUACUGGCUGCACUGUAUUCCCUUGCCCAAAUCUGUGAUCAGGAAAAUUGACUCCAUUUGUCGCAGUUUCAUCUGGACCGGUAAGGAUACGGUGAGCAGAAAGUGCCCUGUGGCAUGGAAACGCACUUGCUGCCCUACAGCGCAGGGUGGGCUGAACCUGAUAAAUCUGCAGUUUUGGAACAAUGUAUUACUUUUGAAGUGUUUAUGGAAUCUGUGCAAUAAAAAUGAUACUCUUUGGGUGAAAUGGAUCCAUAUUCACUACCUAAAGGGGGACCAUGUGAUGAAUUAUGCUACCAAAAAUCACAACUCUUGGAUCAUGCGCGGUAUUUUGAAACAAAGAGAUAUCAUGGAUUUAAUACGGAAUGAAUGGGAUCAACUUCUAACCACUCAUAAGUUUAAGGCGUCGGUGUUUUACAAAGUAAUGAUUGAUGAUGGCACAAGGAUUGUUUGGAGAAACUUGAUAAGAUCCAAUAAGAGCCGACCGCAAGCAGUGUCUUGUUUAUGGCAAGCAUGUCACGGGAGACUUGCAACCAAGGAUAGGUUAAAGCGUUUUGGUAUGAUUAAGGACGACACAUGCAGGUUAUGCCACACCGAAGAGGAGACGAUGAAUCAUCUGUUUUUCUGCUGUCAAGGGACAAGACACAUAUGGAAGAAAGUGCUUCAAUGGUUUAACAUAUAUCAUGAACCUCAACCUUGGGAGGCAGAGUUGAUCUGGAUCAGUAACAUGACAAAAGGAAAAGGUUGGAAAGUGGAUGUUUUGAAAAUGUUAGUGGCCGAAACCAUCCACAGCAUCUGGGGUUAUCGUAAUAAUAUUAUUUUUGGAAACACUGUAGAUAAUACAACCAUGGAUACUAACAUUAUAGAUAAUGUGAUCUAUAGAGGGUGGCAAAACCUUAAAAUUAGGAAGCAUCUUGUUAGUUUUAUGAUGUAA